AUGGUCUUUCUCAAUACUUCCACACCUUCCUACUUAACGCACUAUUCAUCCACUCUUCUCCAAAAAUACAGACCUACUCAUGGAUCUUCCGCUAUUGGGAAUAGUACACUCGGAUUUCAGAAAAUCUUCGCAUUGGGGUUACCAGAACGAAGUGAUAAGAGAGAUGCUCUUACGUUGAUUAGUAGUUUGACCGAAUUCAAGAUUGAAUGGGUAGAUGGAGUAAAGGGGGAAUCGGUGACGGAUAAAGCUGUGCCAAUUGUCGAACAAAAUCUUACCAGCGCAUUAAUAAUCGAAGAUGAUAUGGAUUGGGAUAUUCGUCUAAAAUCUCAACUACUUACUUUCGCUGCUGGUUCUAAGUUUAUCCAAUACCCUUCAACCGCACCUACACACCUUAUUUCCCCCUAUGGCGAUAACUGGGAUUUACUCUGGCUCGGCCACUGUGGCGAAGUAUUUCCCGAGACUCUCGAUGAAUAUAAAUCCCUCCCUCGUUCUUCUCCCCAAAUCACACAUCUCUCCCGAAAGUACAUCAUAACCUCCGAUCCCACAGUCCCACCUCCCGCAUAUUUCAAAGGUUUCCAAAAUGCCACGCAAAAUCCAUACACAAGAUGGGUCCACACAUCCGGAGGACCAAUUUGCACAUUCGCAUAUGCAUUAAGUCAACAAGGAGCAAGGAAAGUCCUCUGGGAUUUAAGUGUCGAUAAACUAGCAGGACCAUUCGAUAAUGCAUUAGCGGGACUAUGUCGAUGGGGAAGAGAUAAAAAGAGAUUGGGAAUGAGAUGCAUAAGUGUUACACCAGGGUUAUUUCAACAUCAUAAAGCAAGAGGAUGGAUAGGUGGGGAUUCGGAUAUUCAGAAGGUGGGUGGUGGUGGUGUUAAAGGAGAGGUGAGGGAGAAGGGAACGACGGAAAAUGUGGUUUGGAGUGCGAGGAUGAAUGUUAGGGAGUUGUUGACGGGGGAGAAGGUCAGAGGUCAAUGGGAUGAUGAGGGUGGAAAAUAG